GAGUCAGGCAUUUCCCGGGGAAUCAGAGCAGCCACGCGCGGCCCGGGAGCCCGGAGCUGCAGCGGCGGCGGCGGCAGCUGAGGAGGCGGCGGCGGGGCUGCCACCGCGGCGGUCACCCGCUCCCCGGGCGCGCAGCGAUCAUGGAGAGGGCGGCCCAGAGCUCAGACGGCGGCGGCGGCGGGGGCAGCAACAGCAGCAGCCGGAGCAGCAGCCGCGCCACCUCGGCGGGCUCCUCGCCCUCCUGCUCCCUGGCUGGCCGAGGGGUGGCCAGCCGCUCUGGGGCCGCGGGACUGGGCGGCGGGGGCAGCCGCAGCAGUCCCGGCUCGGUGGCCGCUAGCCCGUCCGGAGGAGGCGGCCGCAGGAGGGAGCCGGCGCUCGAGGGCGUGCUCAGCAAAUACACCAACCUCCUCCAGGGCUGGCAAAACAGGUACUUUGUGCUGGAUUUUGAGGCUGGCCUCCUGCAGUAUUUUGUGAAUGAGCAGAGCAAGCACCAGAAGCCCCGAGGAGUCCUGUCUUUGUCUGGAGCCAUCGUGUCCCUGAGUGACGAAGCUCCCCACAUGCUGGUGGUGUACUCUGCCAACGGAGAGAUGUACAAGCUGAGAGCUGCUGACUCGAAGGAGAAGCAGUUGUGGGUGACUCAGCUUCGAGCGUGCGCCAAAUACCACAUGGAGAUGAGUUCCAAGAUGAUGAACCAGGUGGAAGGCCAGCAGAAGAACCUCGUGCAUGCCAUUGAGUCCCUGCCAGGCUCAGGCCCCCUCACUGCCUUGGACCAGGACCUGCUUCUCCUGAAGGCUACCUCUGCCGCCACCCUCAGCUGUCUCGGGGAGUGCCUCAGCCUGCUCCAGCAGAGUGUGCGCCAGGUGGCGCCACCCAGCCACAAGCCAGGCGCCUCAGAGACCAUCCUGGGAUGGCAUGGGCCCACGUCACAUUCCACAGACCAACUGAAAAAUGGGACCCUUGGCUCUCUACCCUCCGCCAGUGCCAACAUAACAUGGGCGAUUCUACCGAACUCUGCAGAAGAGGAACACAGCUCACAGCCGGAGCCAGAGCCAGACUCAGGCCCUGAACUGGUUUUGUCCGAAGAAGAACAGAGCGACAAUGAGGACAAGGGAGAGGUGGAGCCGGGCGCCAUGGAGGAUCAGCGUAGUGUGAUCCUCCACCUCAUCUCGCAGCUCAAGCUGGGCAUGGACCUGACCAAGGUGGUGCUCCCCACGUUCAUUCUGGAGAAGCGGUCCUUGCUGGAGAUGUACGCAGACUUUAUGGCGCACCCUGACCUGCUGCUGGCCAUCACUGCCGGGGCGACGCCAGAGGAGAGAGUCAUUAGCUUCGUGGAGUAUUAUCUUACGGCCUUCCACGAGGGCCGCAAAGGCACCCUGGCCAAGAAGCCCUAUAACCCCAUCAUCGGCGAGACCUUUCACUGCUCCUGGGAGGUUCCUAAGGACAGAGUCAAGUCGAAGUGGACUUCCCCCAACCCUCCCAUUAGUGCUCACGAGCAUCCGAUGGCCGAUGACCCUUCUAAAAGCUAUAAGCUCAGGUUUGUGGCUGAGCAGGUAUCCCAUCAUCCGCCCAUCUCCUGCUUCUACUGUGAGUGCAAGGAGAAGAGACUGUGUGUCAACACUCACGUAUGGACCAAAAGCAAGUUCAUGGGCAUGUCCGUGGGGGUCUCUAUGAUAGGGGAAGGUGUGCUUCGACUUCUGGACCACGGGGAAGAGUAUGUCUUCACACUGCCCAGUGCCUACGCCCGCUCCAUCCUCACCGUGCCGUGGGUGGAGCUUGGAGGGAAGGUUAACAUUAGCUGUGCCAAGACUGGGUACUCUGCCACCGUGACGUUCCACACGAAGCCCUUCUACGGCGGGAAGGUCCACAGGGUCACAGCUGAAGUGAAACACAACCCAACCAACACCAUCGUCUGUAAAGCGCAUGGGGAGUGGAACGGCACCUUGGAGUUCACCUACAGCAACGGGGAGACCAAAGUCAUCGACACAACCACCCUGCCUGUGUAUCCUAAGAAGCUUAGACCCCUGGAGAAGCAGGGGCCCAUGGAGUCCAGGAACCUCUGGCAGGAAGUCACCCACUAUCUGAGGCUUGGGGACAUUGAUGCAGCCACAGAGCAGAAGCGACGCCUGGAGGAGAGGCAGAGGGUGGAGGAGAGGAAACGGGAGACCCUUCGCACACCGUGGCGACCCAAGUAUUUCAUCCCGGAGGGCGAUGGCUGGGUGUACUUCAACCCCCUCUGGAAGACACACUGAUGGGCGGAGGUGCAGUGCUUCUCGUAAUAGGCCGGGUUUUGUAGGAAUAAAAGUGGUACAGUAUCAAGAUUCCGUUGGUAUUUGCUGAAAUCUCUUGCUAGCAUCCAAGUCGGAGAGAGGGGUUACAUACUGUGAAACAUGCACCCCCAAAUUCUGCCUGAGGAUUUUAUUCAAGGGCAGCCGGGGCCCGUGGGCACACCUCGCACCCGCCAAGGCUGCCCUGGGUAACCCUGAGCUCCGUUUUAUUCACGAGAGUUGGUGUUCUUUAUUUCUCACAUUGCCACAGUCAUUCUGCCAUGGUCUUUCCCACUCACCGGCUUCUGUCAAGACGCAGGCUGAGGUGGCACAGCCUGGAAAGGGAGCGCAUUCCUGGCGGAGUGGGGAGUGGCCACUCGGCGGUAGGGGGCGUGGCUACUCGGCGGAAGGGGGAGUGGCCACCCGGCUAUGAUGCUUGUUCUGAUCCAAGGCUGUAUGUCCACAUCCUAGAAAGAGCAAGCAGGCCUUCCAGUUGCACAAAGCGACAGGAAGCCACUGGAGGCUGAUAUGGAACCUUCUAGAAGGGAGUGACUCCUGAGGAAUCAGGACCAGGCCCACCAAGUGGUUUUAUCCAAUCUCUCUGACACUUCUCAUGCCCAGAGCAUGAGACCCUGUGUUCUUCACAGCCGGAAAGAAAUCACACGGUCGUGAUAAAGGGCUCUGGAAGGUCAAUACACGCAUGCCUACACUACACGGACCACCACUGCCUCAUAUCUAGUUGGGGAAAGAGAACAAGUAGUCUUAUUUCUUUUCCUUAAUUUUGACCCAAGCUGCCAGAAAGCCUCUGUAACUAGGACAGCCACGAGCCCCAUGAGUCCCCCAGUGUCCCAGCUGAGAAUGUCUUCAGCCUCACACAGGUCAAACAUGGACCAAACAAAAUUGAGAAAAAGGAUGUCUAAUUUGAAUUUUACCCAGUGCUUAAUUUAUUUUUUACCAUGCCACCCAAUGAUAUUUAUAAAACUCAGUAGCAUGAAUGCUUCUCUGUAGUAAUACUAAUUUUGUGCCUUUUGUCUGCUUUCUUAAGACCAACUGUUGACACUUUGUAGAUAUUAGACAAAUAUAUUUCCAUUAAAUACUCUUGUGUCUUGUGUGUGUUAUUUUUAGGGAUUUUUAAAACUAUGUAUUAUGUGUGUGCGUGUGCUUGUAGAGGGUGCGGAAUCCCUUGGAGCCAGAGUCACACAUUAUUGUGAGUAAGCUGCCAGAUAGGGAUGCAGGCAGUUGACCACCACAGUCUUUGCAAGAGCAGUACAUUCUCUUAGCCACUGAGCUGUGUCUCCAGUCCUCAGCUGUGUUUUAAAUACACUGAGAAAGCCCCAGAUCAGCAUCAUUAGGGGCUGUUCUCAGUUCUAUAAAAGCAAAUGUUUGAGUCUCGUGUUUAGGGCCAACCCAAGCAGGACAAUUGAGAUGCCAUCUCUAUCAACAGUCCUGGAAGAACUGUAAGCCUGGACAAAAAGAACAAAUUCCUAGAAACACAUCCUACUAAGAAUGAGUCAUGAACUAAGAAAUUAGAAUAGAUCUAUAAAUAGCAAGGAGAUUGGACCAGUCACUUAAAAUUUC